AUGUCUUCUCAGAGUGAAACUAUUGACACUUCUGAUGCUUCCAUGCUUCACAACGUUAACAUGUCGAAUGUGACCAAGCUCACGGCAUCAAACUUCUUGAUGUGGAACCGCCAAGUUCACGCCUUACUCGAUGGAUAUGAUCUUGCUGGUUUCCUUGAUGGUUCCACUGCUGCUCCUGCUGCCACAGUUACUUCUGCUGGUACCACUACCGUCAAUCCAGCGUACACUACUUGGAAACGCCAGGAUAAACUCAUCUACUCCAGUCUCCUUGGUGCCAUCGCUGUUGAGGUUCAACCUAUCUUUUCCAAGGUGACAACCUCUGCUCAGAUCUGGAGUACACUCUCUUCCACUUAUGCAAAGCCAAGUUGGGGACACAUCAAACAGAUUCAACAGAUUCGCGAACAGAUUAAACACUGGAAGAAAGGUACUCGCUCUGUGGAUGACUAUGUCCAAUGCUUUAUUACCACACGGUUUGAUCAACUGGCCUUACUCCGCAAGCCAAUGGAUCACGACGAUCAGGUUGACUACAUUCUGAGUGGUCUCUUCGAUGAAUACAAACCGGUGGUUGACCAAAUUGAUGGCCGUGACUCUUCUCCAUCGUUGACGGAGCUCCAAGAGAAACUCCUCAACUUUGAUCUGAAGCUUCAAUCUCUUGCGCAUGCUGCCUCUUCCUCUAUUCCAAUGUCCGCGAAUGUAGCAUCCUACAAAUCUUCUGGUGGCAAUCACAACAACAACAACAACACUCAUUCUCGUGGUCCGUCUCGUGGGUCGUCUCGGGGACAGUGGCAGAACCAUCAAAACUCCUCGUGGCUCCCAAGGCAGAGGUUACCAAGGGCGUUGUCAGCUUUGUGGUGUCUUCGGCCACAGUGCUCGCCGAUGCUCUCAGCUUUCCUCCGGUCUUGGUGGAUACAAUUCCUCGUCUAA